AUUUACGUACCUUUUGACCUUUUUUUUCGUGUCCUCUUUUUUUUAAUUUAUAGCACACGAGUUGAAUCUCGUUUUACACAAGCAUUCGUAGUAAAAGUUGUAGUUACAGAGUGAGAGUACUUUUUGCCACCUCAGGCGAAGUCCACGUGUGCGUACGAGCUCAAACAGUGAAAGGAUUUCAGUGUGACGGGCAGAGAGAACGCCAAAACUGCGGGCUGGUAUUUUUUUUCCUCCAAUAGCUGAGCGUGCAUGACAUCAAUCCGUCAUUCCAUUGCUGAAUCGGAGUGGCAGCAGCCCGUGAAAUUUGCAGUACGCACAUAAGAGCUGCUCACAACCCUACUUUGACUUUUUUUGUCCAUUUUCGAGUCAUCAUUUUGCUCUGAGUUUUUUUUUCCCCACGGAUUUGGGGGAGGAGGGAAGAGUAGGAGCCUCAAACAAGCAGGCAGGCAGCGUGCGUGUGCCUAAUGGUUAGUGGUUAAAAUAUGAGGUGCGUCAUUCCUCCGGACAUCAUUUAACAUUUGUUUUAGCGCCCAAAAAGCCGCUCGAUCAUGGGAAUGAUGCUUUUGAGUAUCCAGUGCAUUUUGCUUUUCUUCCUGUUUUACGCGCAAGAGGGAUUAUCUCGGGAUUAUUCGACUCAUCCUGGACAAAAUCUUCCAAGGAGAGCCAAACGCCAAAGCAAAGCGACCAGACCAGUGCUGAAGGUGACGGAUUACCACGUCAAGUGUUGUGUGGUGUCCCGCUACGCCGUCACCAGCGUGCAGAGUUCCAUCUGGAACCAGAUGGCCAUCACCAAGGAGGCCGCCUUCGAGGUGGACCUGCCUUCUUCCGCCUUCAUUUCCAACUUCUCUAUCGAAUCCGGUGGCAAGGUGUACGCGGCCCAGGUGAAGGAACGAGCCACUGCCAGGAAAAUAUACGACGCUGCAAAGAAGCAAGGAAAAACUGCAGGACUGAUUGCAACCAAAGAGCGGGAGAUUGAGAAGUUUCGCGUGGCGGUGAGCGUGCCACCGGGAGCCCGGAUGUCCUUUUGCCUGACUUAUGAGGAGCUGCUCCCUCGCCGCUUGGGCCGCUACGAGCUCAGCGUGGGUCUGCGGCCCGGCCAGCUCGUUUCCAAUCUCACGUUAGACGUCAGUCUAGUGGAGCAAACGGGUGUCGCUUUCAUCAAGGUCCUUCCACUUCGGACAAGCAGACUGCUGUCCAAUAACAACGCUCAAGGUGAUGCGAGCCCUCCUGCAUCGACUCAGGUUGAAGAGAGCGUGGAGCGCACUCGGAUUCGUUACACUCCCACUCCUCAGCAGCAGGUCAGCAUUUCCCCCAAGGGUCUGAACGCGGACUUUGUGAUUCAGUACGACGUGAACUUAACAGAUCUGAUGGGUGACAUCCAGGUGUUUGAUGGCUACUUUGUGCAUUACUUUGCACCCAGAGGACUUCCCGUGGUUCCCAAGGAUGUCAUAUUUGUCAUCGACGUCAGCGGCUCCAUGAUCGGCACGAAAAUCAAACAGACCAAGCAGGCAAUGAACACUAUCCUCGGGGACCUUCGGGAAGGAGACCACUUUAACAUCGUCACCUUCUCCGAUAAGGUUCACACUUGGAAGAAAGGUUGCACAGUGCGCGCCACGCGGCAGAACGUACGGGACGCCAAAGAGUUCGUCAAAAGGAUUAUUGCGGAAGGAUGGACGAACAUCAACGCGGCUUUGCUCUCAGCCGCCCAGCUGGUAAACCCCCCGUCCUCCGGCUCUCGCCGCGUCCCCCUGGUGGUUUUCCUCACCGACGGCGAGGCCACGAUUGGAGUGACGGCAGGUGAUGUCAUCCUAAGUAACGCUAAGAAGGCGUUGGGCUCGGCCUCUCUCUUCGGACUGGCCUUCGGGGACGACGCAGACUUCCCGCUCCUCAAACGUCUGGCACUGGACAACCGCGGCGUGGCACGAAUGGUUUACGAGGACGCGGACGCUGCCCUGCAACUCAAAGGUUUCUACGACGAGGUUGCCAGCCCCUUGCUGUCCGACGUCCAACUCGACUAUCUGGACCAUCAGGCGUUCGAUGUCACCCGCUCUCUCUUCCCAAACUACUUCCGAGGCUCCGAGUUGGUGGUGGCAGGACGUCUUCGAGCGGGACUGAAAGACUUCAAGGUUUCGCUCUCUGCCAAUGAUUCCAAGCGGCGUAUGAAGCUGGAGAACGACGUCCUCAUCAACAGCACCUGGCGCUCACCUGACUGUUCGGGAUCUUCCGAAGGCAUGUCCAGUUUUGUGCGUCGUCUUUGGGCGUAUUUCACAAUCAAGGAGUUGCUGCUGGCCAAACUCAACACCACGGAUGCUGUUUCCCAGAAACUCCUGGCAGAUAAGGCCAUCAACCUCUCCUUGGAGUACAACUUUGUCACGCCCGUCACAUCCUUAGUUGUCGUGAAGCCCGACGCGGACAAAGUCACUCCUCCCACUGUGAAGCCUUCUGACUCAGCGUCGAUAACCACAACGGCGACAACCAAAACGUCCGCUGCAAAGAGGCCCCAGUCCUCCUCUAACCUGAGAACCAACAAGCCGAACCCUCCCAGACAACCAAAAAAAACUUCAGCACCUCCCACCGCCGCAAAAACUGUGAAAACAACGCCAACCUCUCGCCUCGCUGCCAUUCAGCCUACCCCAGUGCCGUUGUCUGGUAAAAAGCCUCCCCAGAAUGAAUCCAAAAGCUCCUCGGUGCCUCCUGCUGGGAAAAUGUCCAGUUCUCUUCUCCAUUUUGCCAAGACAGCCCAACCACCCGCACCUGGAAAGAUCUCGACGCCCUCUUCGCCCUUCAUUGUGCCAACAGUGGCAAACAGCGGCGCAACACCCACCCUCCCCAAGAGAUCCUCCUCCUACGCACCCGUUACCAGGCGCACUGAACCAGAGAGCAGCACCACAUCUCCACACCCAAACAUCACCGGCACACAGCCUCACCUCUCAUCUGGGCUCACGCCACCCACUACCACUCCGGUUCCUGCUCCGGAUUUAGAAGGAAACGUCAUAAAGGCUUCAGCAGAGAGCGACGUCCGCGUCGCCAAUCUGGUGGCCGCCACCUUUGCGCCCAUGCCCGGUGUGACAGACGGGCCCAGGCCGUGGGAGGCGGCAGGCCUUCUGGAUGUCUCUACCUCCAUUCAGAUCCACAGAAAAGAUAUUGACCUUGUGAAAGACUAUGAAGCGACGUAUGACUACGACUACGAUCUCAACUAUGAUGCCUGGGGCAAAGCUGCCGACACGGAAUCUUUCGUGCUUGGGGGUGAAGAAGAUUGUCCUUUAGUUGAAUGUCUUGUGCUUUUAGAACCUCCAUCUAGACUGAGCGCUGAGCACUUCUCCUCAUCAGCUGAUGGAGAUCCUCAUUUUGUGCUCCAGUUGCCAAAGCAGCAGCAGAACUUGUGUUUCACCGUCGAUGGCCGACCUAACGAUGUGCUGAGGCUGGUGGAGGACCCGCAGAGAGGAAUCACAGUGGACGGCCACCUGACUGGAGCUCCCCCGAAGCGCGGCCACGAAAACCGCUCAAGAACGUACUUUGAUCGGCUGAGCAUCUCAGCAGCCGCUGGGCACGCGGGCAUCAUCGCGAUCACGGUGUCAUUGGAGGAGGUGGUGGUCGAAGGCGAAGGGCGCGAAACUCUCACCGUCAACCGAACAGGAUCAGUGACGAGGCAGGGGGUGACGGUUGCCGUGGAAAACCACCAGGGCUGCUGGAUCGAGCUGGCUGAGGAUGUCCGCUUUCUGGUUCUCUUUCACCACUACAAGCACCCCAGCUACCUGCAGAUGGCGCACUUGGGCUUCUACAUCACCAGUGGACUGGGGCUGUCUGCCUCCACUCGAGGCCUGCUGGGCCAGUUCCAGCAUGCUGCCAUGAAUGUAGCAGCUGUGAGCGAUUAUCAUCACAGUGAAAACAGUGAUGGAAAAUUGAUCCAGGGGGUCCUGAGGCGUGGCACUCAGCUACUGCGCGUCACCUUGCAGGACAAGAUUCUGAAAGACACGCUACUCAGGCGACACGUGGAGCAGUGCUGGGUGGUGCCCAAGUUGGAGGUGCAGCGACUGCUCGGUCAGCCGUACGCUCGCUAUGUGGUGGAUGGCGUGUAGUCGUAGCCCAGAGGGGUCCUACCCUGUCUCAGUGGAGGUGAUCGUGACAUUGUUACAAAAAAAAUGAUGAGCACUUGACAGGGCUACGGCGUUGUCACUUUUUUUUUGGGUGACAAUCCGCGUUUCUCUGUGCAGCGUGGAGCGAAGACGACAGACUAUAUAUGCAAAUUCAAAACAAAGUGCCUUAACCGUCAAUGAACUGCAUCAUAUGAGCCAGGGGUGUCAAACUCCUUUUGCGCUCCGGGGCCACAUUCACCCCAUUUUGAUCUUAUGUGGGCUUAAGAAACUAGAAAUAACAACCAUUCCUAUUUUUUAACUAUUGUUUUGAUGCAAAGUCGCUCCUGAAAAUAUUGACAUUUGUUGAUCACGUUUUACAAAUCAUAAAAGCGACCUGAAAUAUCUUCAGAAGAAUUUAUGCCGUUUCAACAGAGAAAACUGAAUUCUCAAUCAUCCCCCCCCCCCCCAUUUCCACAUGUGCAACUUACAAAUCAAAGUGGAUCUAUGAACUGUACGUGCCUUUUAUAAAACAACUAUUAAAGAUACAGAAACAAUUUUAAAUUUGCAUAGAUUUUCGCAUCCAUCUUGACGGCAUCCAUCACAACAUAACGGCCUCAAUUGGGAAAGUUGUCCCCUUACCUUGUAAAUGUAGACAAAUAUAUCAACAAUUUGGAGCGGCGCAUGAAAAUAAAAGGGAUCCACCAA